UCUGGUUGUGUAUAGGGAAUCUUUGUCUUUCUCCACGGGUUUUCACCGGGCCAAUUUAAACCGAACACACUGCUAUAUAGUCUCGGCGCCGGAAAUCGACGCUCUCUUCUAGUGAUCAAACAUGGCGGACCAGGGUGAGAAGAAGGAGAACCCCAUGAAGGAGCUCCGUAUCAGGAAGCUCUGCCUGAACAUUUGCGUGGGGGAGAGUGGAGACAGACUGACUCGUGCUGCUAAGGUGCUGGAGCAGCUUACAGGACAGACCCCCGUCUUCUCCAAGGCCCGCUACACAGUGCGAUCCUUCGGCAUCCGUAGGAAUGAAAAGAUUGCCGUCCACUGCACCGUCCGUGGAGCCAAGGCAGAGGAGAUCCUGGAGAAAGGACUCAAGGUGCGUGAGUACGAGCUGAGGAAAAGUAACUUCUCAGACACCGGGAACUUCGGCUUCGGCAUCCAGGAGCACAUCGAUCUGGGCAUCAAGUACGACCCCAGCAUCGGUAUCUACGGACUGGACUUCUACGUGGUUCUGGGCAGACCCGGCUUCAGCAUCGCCGACAAGAAAAGGAAACGCGGCCGCAUCGGAUACAAGCACCGCAUCCGCAAGCCAGAGUCCAUGCGCUGGUUCCAGCAGAAAUACGAUGGCAUCAUCCUCCCUGGAAAGUAGAACUGCUUCUCUUUGUUUGUACCAAACUAAUAAAAAUUGGUAAAAAGCC